AUGGCUACAAGUGUUUCAUGUUCAUUAGAUGAAAAUAGUCCAUCAUCACCAAUUAUUUCUUUUAUUCAGUCGCAAAAAGGAAAACCUUUGCUUGUGUUAGAUAAAUAUAUUUUUAAACUGAACAAAACAACUAAAACUGUUAAAUAUUGGAUAUGCACACUUAUUAAAUGUUCAGCAAAAGUUCAUACAAAUUUAUAUGAUGAAUUAAUUAAAAUCAUUGGUGAACAUUGUCACCGUCCAGAAAAAGAAACAAUAGAUGUGCGUGAAUUUCGUGCUCGAGCAAAACAAGCUAAAACAACUGCUAUUCAGCGUCGUAUAGAUAAUCUUGAUAAACGAUAUUAUGAUGGUUUAAUUAGUGUAAUGGAAUAUUUAGAUGGUUUAUCAUUUACAGUUGCUAAACGAAAAAGAUGA